GUGCUCUCCUUGUCUCUCUCUCUCUCUCGUGCGGUGCUUUGAAAUGAGCGAGUUUAUGCCUCACAGGUUACGGUUUACAUCAGGAUUCUCAGAACAGAAAGUGCGCGCGACUAGACGAACGUCUCAGAGCGGUUUCCUGCAAAAAGCAAGAAAUCAACAUAACAUCAACAUCAUGCAGGCUGAUGGAAAAGGAGUGGACGGUGGCCUGCUGCCUGAUGCCAACGGGAAGGAGCCCAGCCCAGGAGGACAGAGGGAGGACAGAGGGAAAUGGCAGAAGCCCCGAAUCACUCGUAAAUCUCUGAUGAAGUGCUGCCUCGUCAAAUGGAUCAUUGACAGCACCACAAACACUCAGGGGCCAGAUGAGAGUAGCGACUGUGAAUUGGAGCUUUCUACUGUUCGUCACCAGCCUGAAGGCUUGGAACAGCUCCAGGUCCAGACCCAGUUCACCAAGAAGGAGUUGCAGUCACUCUACAGAGGCUUUAAAAACGAGUGUCCCAGCGGGCUGGUGGAUGAGGAGACUUUCAAGAACAUCUACUCACAGUUCUUCCCCCAGGGAGAUGCCACCACAUAUGCACAUUUCCUGUUCAACGCAUUUGACAUGGACAGAAAUGGCUCUAUCCGUUUCGAGGACUUUGUGAUUGGACUAUCUGUACUGCUCAGAGGUUCAGAAACAGAGAAACUCAGAUGGGCCUUCAAUCUGUAUGAUAUCAACAAGGAUGGCUACAUCACCAAGGAGGAGAUGUUGGCCAUAAUGACGUCCAUCUAUGACAUGAUGGGCAGGUAUACCUCUCCCAGUGUACGAGAUAUUGAUCCAUCUGAGCAUGUGGAUAAGUUCUUUCAGAAAAUGGAUCGGAACAGAGACGGGGUGGUGACCAUUGAUGAGUUCAUAGAGACUUGUCAGAAGGAUGAAAAUAUCAUGGCCUCCAUGCAGCUCUUUGAGAACGUCAUCUAGGUCUAGGAACGGAAGGAGAACAUGGAUAGAAGUAUAAGUCCUGAUGACCUUUUAUUGCUUCCGAUACCAGACCCUACAAGCCCCUCUACACUUUAACCCCUCACCGUUUGAUAAUAGAAAAAUAUUCACACACAUCGAGAUGAGGACAGUAAACAUUUGGCAGGGGGCAUAGGGAAAUGACCUUUUAAACGUUUGAUUCCACUACGCACUGUAUAUGGGAAAAUAAUCCCUUCAAUGGUUCUAUUGACAGUAGAGGUCGACCGAUUAUGAUUUUUCAACGCCGAUACCGAUGCCGAUUAUUGGAGGGCCAAAAAAGCCGAUACCGAUUAAU